AUGGGUGCUAUAUCCCAACUUGACCCUGCAAAACUGCAACUGGUGCAGGAGCUAGAAAUAGAGAUGAUGUCUGAUAUGUAUAACCGCCUUGUCACUGCCUGCCACCGCAAGUGUAUACCUGUUAAAUACCAUGAGACUGAACUUGGAAAAGGUGAGUCAGUCUGCCUUGAUCGCUGUGUAGCAAAGUACCUAGAUGUGCAUGAGCGCAUAGGAAAGAAGUUGUCGAACAUGUCACAAGGUGGAGACACAGAGGACUUGACCAAAGUCAGCUUGCCUGACAAGAAAUAG